AUGGGAGACAUGAAUGGCGAAAAUGGUGAAGAUAAAGGAUCAAACCGUAAAGAUAACGGCAAGGAUCGGGAUGUUUGCCGUGAUUAUUUGAACAAUAUUUGCAACAGAGGAAGCCGUUGCAAGUUUUACCAUCCAGAAGAACAUGACAACAAGGCACAAAAUGCUGCCGAUGAACCUUAUCAGUUUUGUAUUGACUUUCAGAACCAAGGCUGCAGCCGCGAUAAUUGUCGCUAUGUUCAUGCGUUUCGCGAAGAUGUUGAGCGCUACAAGCGCACUGGCGAUGUGACGCUUGGUCUUGCGCGUGCUUUAGCUGGUUUAUUUAUAUAA